UUCAUUAUAUUCAUGUUAUAGUGUAGAUAAUGACAAAUAAAUUUGCAAUUAACGUCGACAACAACUAUGAAUACAACAGCUGGACUAAAUUCAAUAAAAAAUAUCUCGAACUCUGACGGCCGCCAAAUUGCGGAUAAACUAUUUGAGAAGAUUUCAUCUGAAAUAUGGGAAGUUAUUCUACAGCAGUUUGAUGGUCUCAAAACCACUCAAACGUUACCGACAACAAUGCCCGAAUUCGGCGGACUAGCGGCUAUUGCAAAAAAUGAUUUUUUUAUACCGACAUCAUCCGCACCUUUAAUAAGGAUUCCAGGUUAUCCAGCAAAUUAUAAUUCCGAUAAAUGCAGGACUCUGGAUUAUUUCGAGGAUCAUUUCCAUCAAUGCGAAAAACCAGGGACAGUCGUUUUGUUUGGAACUUUUGUAGCCAUCCUGGGACUCUCUGCGAUUUUUGGAAACUGUCUUCUUCCGUUCGUUCUUUGGCAAUACAGGGAUAUGCGCACGAAACAUAAUUAUAUAAAAGUUUCUCUGGCUGUCAACGACAUGAUAGUCGGUUUCAUUUUGCUCUUUUCCGUUCUACCAAAUGUCGUAUGGUUUCGGAAUUCUUCCGAAAACGAAGUUGUUCAAGAAAUGCUCCAUACUUUCAACUCACCAACUGCAAUUGUUGCUGGAUCUUCGUUAAUCAUCUCAUUGCAGGGUUCAUUGCUACAUCUAAUGUUUCUCAGUGCUGAUAGAUUUGUUGCAAUCAGGUGGCCAAUGUGGCAUCGGCACCGUCAAACAUCAACGGUAUUAUGGACGUUGCUGGGUAUAUGGCUUGUCACUAUUCUUGGGUCCGCAAUCACAGGAGCAAUACCACAAUAUUUCAACUACAUGUACAAUCCCCAAGUAUUUAUGUUCACAUUGGGAUAUGCGGGUUCAAAUGUGGAAUCACGGGCUCAUGGACUUUUGCAUUUUGGAUUAGCACUUUUCUUGCCAUACGUUGUCACGAUCAUUUUAACAAUGCUUACUGGUGCUGCAGCUUUCAGAGGUUUAAAGUCAUUUUCGACCAUGAACGAGUCACAAAGACCAUCUAUAUCAGAAAAUGGUCGUACGGAAUUGCCACACGUAAAAUAUGCAGCAGGAUUUAUACGACCUAAAAAAGGUUUGAUGAGACAAGACACAAUCCGCAUAACUGGAGACACAAAGAAACCAGAGUUUGCAGUUGUGCAAACAAUUAUUAUAAUGGUUGUGGCUUUUGCUUUAGCGUGGAGUUUAUUUUUUGUUAUCUUCUUCAUUUCAUAUAACAACGAACCCAAAAACGAGAGAGCAACUUCUGUUGUAUAUAUGGUUUCAUUUUACUCCGGUUUGUCGAACAGUGUCGCCAACGUGGUAAUCUACAGUGUCCGAGACGACAGAUUUCGCUCCGCUGUGGCGUCAACUUUCCGCCAUAAAAAUAUGUCCAGUUAUCAUAAUUCAUCUUAUGGUUCCAAAUGACAAAAAACAUUCUUGCAAAGUAUUUUGCAUUUUAUCAAGCAAAGUUCAACGGCAUUUCGUAUUGGAUUAUACUUGGAACGAUUCUUAUGGUAACAAGAAAUCAGUCCUUUCAAUUGUUGGUGAUUGAAGUUUGUUAUAACCCCAACAACUCUGAACAGUUUCCAAAUUGUAUAUGCUUAUUCCACUAAUAUAUAAAUAUAUUCCAAACUAAAAUUUAUUUGCAUUUUUGUCGUGUGUGAAAUUUAAGUAAAUCUUAUUUUGUCUAAUUUAAUCAAAAUAGCACUGUAUUUAUUUGAAGAUCCUUUUCUUUAUGUAUGUACAAAUGAUAAUCUCAAUGGUAUGGGGAUAUUUUCUCAACUUUCUAAAUCAUUACGAUACUGUAUUAAAAAAAAGUAAUUUAUUAGCCAUCAAAAGAAAAUAAACGACAGUAUGUUAGAAACGUGUAAAAUGGAUUUGAACAGUACCUUGAACAUUGGUCAUUUGUAACUGCGAUAUGCUACAUAUAUUAUCGAGGUAGUUUCAACAUAAAAUAAGCAAAUAAAAAAUUGAAAUGAGGUCUUCGUCGUGACUU